CUGUUUUUCUGGCACACCGACGCCGCACUAAGCUUUUUGUGUUAAAUAUUUCUAUAUUUCAGUCUUAACCGCAGGUGGAAAAACUCAAAAUGACGGAUUUCAAUGCGUCCGCAGCCAUGUUGCCUUUGGAUGAAUACUACCAACAAUGCGUAAUACCAAAACCAAAAGUUCCGCCCCGGUACUCCACUAAACCCAUUUCAAAGAAAAACAAACGCCAGGCUGGGCACUUGCGAUCAUACAAGGAAGUGGGUGAAGAUGACGAUGACGAAGAUGAUAAUGAGGAUUUCCUGGGCGCCGAGCUGGAGAGGAACUACCAGGAAGAAGGUGUCAAAGAGUUUGAUGCCGAUCUGAACUUUGAGAUGAACGACUUCAAGAUGAAUUGGGAGGAAGAGGUCUCACCGAAUCUAGAACUCUAUCAAAGCUCCGCUCAGUGGCGCAUAUACGGCAACAAUGUGAACCGGCCAGCAGGAGCAGCUCCUCUGGUGCCAAAUGACCAGACACGUGGCAAUGUUAAGUCGCGUUUGGAUCUGAGAAAUAGCUCCCGUUUUCGGGAUAAUAACAACCACAGGCGCAAUCUUAACCACAUCCAAAAUCGCAACAGCUUCCAUCGCGGACAGCAGCAGGCGCAGAGCGCCAUGGAGCAGCGCAUGCGCACCGCCUACAAUGCCUUCAGUAGCCAAUCAACAACAACAGCCUAUGCCAAGCAGCCAGGCGACGUACUAACAAACAUAAACAAUCAUUUCCAAUAUUCCCACCAGGACCCCAGUGACCUGCAUACCACCACCAACACCAUGGGAUUCGAAUCCAACGACUGGGCCGGACCCAGCUCAAUCACCUCGCUGAUCGAUUCAGUGUCCAAUAUUCCAGAUAAUCGUGUCAAGAAUCGUUUGGGCUGUGAAACCAUUUCCGGAUUGCCGCACACCUCAUUGAACGAUUUAAUUUCCGGAGUCCCACAAGAUAACAGUUUUCUGAAGUCAAACCUGGACACCGCGAAUGAUUCCGAGAGUAUGAAAGUCAGCAAAAUGGCCCGUAACGUGCUGCUCUUACUCAAGAGUGUGGCCCAGAAGACCGAGCAAGGUGCAUCCUCUGAUUUUUUUCAGAACAUCGACUGGAUGAAUGGGCCAGGAGAGCAGCCCCGAAGUGACGCCAUGCCGGGAAUGGACGGGCAGUACCAGCAGAUGCGCUUCAACUAGAAAACCGACAGCAAGUUAGACUUAGAGAGCCCAUCUAUAAUAAGUUACUUUUUACCAGCCACAUUAUGUUUAAAAUUUGAAUUAGUUAGGAUUGGCGGGCAGUUUCUGUGCGAAUUGUUAGCCGGUGCAGAGCAAGAAGAAGAUUUCGAUGAGGUCCAGUGAAUGACAGCGAGUGAACAGACGUCAACGUCGGCGGAGGUUUUUUUUAUAUACAAUACAUAUUUCGGCUGAUAAGAACAGGCUGGCCCGCUUAUCAGCAAUGCACAACAAGAAGUACACACAGACGGGCGAGAUGUGAGAAGCGAAAGCGGACGAAAAUAGAAACAAACGGCGAUAAAUUUACAGCGAAGGCGAAUUUUCAUACAUAAGCGAUGUGCCGAAGAGGAAUAGAGUAAUAAUCAAUCAGUUAAUCAGCAAAACAGCCGGAGCGCGGACGUGAAAAUGAUCAGCGGGAACGGAUAGCGGGAUAGUGAGCAGUGAUCGUAACUCCGCAUAGUGCUUAACAUUAACCUCAACCUACCUAUGUAUUGUGCUUUGUCGAAUGUAGAACGGCAUCUUAAUUUGUUAUUUUGUUUUUGGUCAAAAGCUGACAGGUGCAGCCAACAGAACAAAGAUCCAUCGAUUUAUUUCAUUUAGUAACUUGUAGAGCGUAGUUUUUGUAGCGGUAUCGAACUCAGUUUAACGAUUUACCGCAAAGAAUACCAAAUAAACUUAAAUCAGUACACUAAAUGUUAGUUGUUCGUCCUCGCCAGUGCCCAGCAUGUUGAAAUCGAAGCAG